AAGGAUAUACGAGGUCCUGAUCGUUUUUAAAAAAUAAAAAAAGUGCAAACCCUUUUUGAUUGGUUUUUAAGUCACUAUAAAUUAAUAAAGGUUCCGAAUGGUAUUUCAAUUCUGUUGUUGAGUGAUUGUUUAAAGACCAUUCAGUUUUUUUUAAGUUUCCCCAAAAAAACAUUCGAUUAAAAAAGAAGAGUUUUCUGAGUUUUGUCGUUUUCAAAAACCAACAGUAUCUUUGUAUGUUUUUUAGUAACGCGAUUUGUUGUACUCAAAAGUCUGAUACUUCAAGCCAGUGUCAUUCACUCCAUACUUAUCUCACGCACAAAAGAUUCAUUCAAAGAAUUUGAAGUUUGUGUCCUCAUUAUUGUUUUCAACUCGCGGAUGGCACUCAAAAACGCCAUAUCAUCAACACCACCGCCACCAUCACCAUCACCGCCGCCGCCACCAACAACGCGUCGCGUUUGAUAAUGUCACACUGUCGCUACUCCAAUCCUUCCCUCAAGCAAAAGGCAUAUAAUUCCCUACGCUAGAAUACCUCUUGUUGUGUUUUUUAAAAAACACACCACACAAACUCUAUAUUAUUGUAUUUGAAUACGAGAGCAGUGCACUGCACUGCACAGCACAGCACAUAGUGAAAGAAAAAAUAUUGUUAAACCAACAACCGGAUAUCCUGUGAGUUGGAUUUUGUGUGUUUUGAAGAAGGAUGCGCCUUUGCUGUUGUUUUGUUGUUGUUGUUGCUGCACUGCACCCUCUUAUGGGAAUAGUGGCAGUAUUCCCCGAAAGCAGUGGAGUGCAUCACACAGCACAGCAGCAAGCAGCAAGCACCAAAUGAAAAGUCAAAAGUGAGUGUACUGAACGUGAACAAGCUUUUCGGGUCACAUUACUCAAAAAUUUGAUAGUAUAGUAGAGAGGUAUUGAAAGUGGUACGAGAGUACGUCUACGUUAUAAAAUCAUCGACUAAAAUAGGAAGUUUUGGGCAGCUACUUCGACGACGAGACGGCAGAGGCAACGGCAUCUAGUUGCAUGCGGAUUCACCGAACGACGAGGUAUUAUGAGCUUUUCUGCAACCCACCAACCAAUCCUUAGAUAGCUCAAAGUCUGCCAUGGCAAAGUGAAAAUCAAAAGGAAGACAAGAGUCCAAUAGCCAUUUCGUGAUCGGAAUUCUACACCAUACAAUAUCCGCCCGCAUAAAGACUUUGUUUGGAGUUGCAGAUCAUUUUAAUCGAUUUGGGGUAAACCACCAUUUAUACAAAAACCUGACAAAAGAUAAACAAUACAAAAAUAAAAAUAUGAAAUGAAAUUUUUUCAAAGAACAAAAAAGUAACAAAAUAAUAAUAAAUAAAAAUAAAAAAUCUACAAAACACAAAACAAAGAAAAAAGAAAAAAGGAUACUUCUGUGAUGCAUAAUCUUUGUUAUUGUGUUUGACAGCUGUUUUGCAAUCGAAACUUCUCUGUGGAAUAUCGAACAUCACUGGCGCUGAUUUGUGUUCGAAAUCAAAUGCAAUGUCACGUUAAAAGGAAAAAGGACAUCUCAACAACAACUACGGUAUAGUUUUAUAAAGAGUAAAUACAAUUUGGAAAGAUAACGGCUACCAGAAGAGAAACGACAAAGGAAAAACAGAAAACCAGAGGAACAAAUAUGGAAUUUCUGCAAAUACUUGGAUUCUCCUUUCUUAUUCUUAUGCUAAGGACACAAGUCUUGUUUGCCGUAAGCUGGGAAGAGUGGUGGACCUACGAUGGAAUAUCAGGUCCAGCAUUUUGGGGUCUUAUAAAUCCAGAAUGGUCACUCUGCAAUAAAGGACGCCGACAAUCUCCAGUUAACCUCGAACCCCAACGUUUACUCUUCGAUCCGAAUUUGAGGCCUUUACACGUCGAUAAACAUAGGAUAAGUGGUUUAAUAUCAAACACCGGACAUAGUGUCAUCUUUACAGCGGGCAACGAAACUGUUGCGAAUUACGAUGGUUCCCAAAUUCCAGUUAACAUCACGGGUGGGCCUUUAUCCUAUCGAUAUCGAUUCCAUGAAAUUCACAUACACUACGGCCUGCAUGACCAAUUUGGAUCAGAGCACAGUGUCGAAGGAUACACGUUUCCGGCUGAGAUUCAAAUAUUUGGCUAUAAUUCUCAGCUUUAUACAAAUUUCUCGGAAGCACUUAAUCGAGCUCAGGGAAUUGUUGGAGUUGCGGUUCUUCUACAGCUUGGUGACCUGUCAAAUGCUGAACUUCGAAUGCUUACCGAUCAAUUGGAAAGGAUUCGAUUUGGAGGCGAUGAAGUGAUAAUAAAACGCCUAUCGAUUAGGGGGCUGCUUCCAGACACUGAUCAUUACAUGACGUAUGAUGGUUCAACGACGGCUCCGGCCUGCCAUGAGACAGUCACGUGGAUAGUUCUCAACAAACCUAUUUAUAUAACAAAACAGCAGCUUCAUGCCCUGCGGCGGUUAAUGCAAGGUACCCCAGAUCAUCCGAAAGCACCUUUAGGCAAUAACUAUAGACCACCGCAACCUCUUUUACAUCGACCGGUUCGGACAAAUAUUGAUUUUAAAACAUCGAAAGUGAACGGCAAAGCGUGUCCUACUAUGUACAGAGAGGUUCACUAUAAAGCAACAAGUUGGAAACAACACUGAAUGCAUAAAACUGUAACUGGAGCUUCCUCUAUAUAGAAAUCAUAUAUAUUAUAUAUAAAUUUAAAAAUUUAAAAACAAAAACAAUAACCUACCUUUAUAUAUAAAAAAAGAAAAUAAGUAUAUACAAUAUUUGCAUUACGUAAAAAAAACAAAAAACUAUUAUAUUAUUAUACCUAUAUUUAAAAAACAGCUUUAGGUUUAAGUCAAAACAAAAAAUACAUCCAGGUAUUUUAAAGUUGUACAGAUUCUUGAAUGUAUUAAAUCAAAAUUAAAAAACAAAAACAUUAUAUACUUAAACUUUAAAUUUAAAACAAAAAAUAAAAAAAAAUAUUUAUUAAUCCCACCCGCAUUGUUCCGGGAGGAACACAAUCAACUAUAAUUGAGUAAUGAGUAUAAAUAUAUUUAAAAAUUGUAACUAAGAAAAUUGCUAAAAUCAGUGUAAGGAAAAUUAUAUAAAUAAAACAUAAACUGUUUAUAUUUGAUAUCAUACAAAAGAGACAAACAAAAAAACAACAAAAACAAAAAAAUAAUCGACUGUUAAAUUUAUAUAUAUUAUUACAUAAAUAGGUAUUUAACUAUGUAGAUUUAUGUAGAUGCAAAUUGGUUGAAGUAUAUUACCCAGAAAAAAAUAAAUUAAAUAACAUAUCCUUGGAGUGUAAUUAAUUUCAUUGGGGAAAGUUUUGAAAAAAAAACACAUUGUAUGAAAAAAAUCUGGAAGCAUUUUUGUAAAUAAAUUUAUUAUAAAUAAAUAAAUAAAUUCGCUUAUUAGGAACAUAUCAAAAUACAAAAAUACAGAACAUAUUAAUUUGAUUGAAAGGAUUUUAUAAGAAAGGUUGAUUUGUUUUAGCUGAAAAACUAGGUUCUUAACAUAUCACUCAAAUAAUCAGUUUUUCACUUGCGCAUAACUAUUUUUAUUUAAGUUUUUAAGGACAAACAUCAUCAUACUGACAGAAAUAAAGUUAUUUAUUGACAUUUUUGAAGAUGACAAUAAAUUUGAAAUACUGAAAAAAAUUUUAAUUUUCAUUGCAACUCUACAAAAACGACAUUUACGAAAAAAAACUCAAUGCAUUUUAGAAGCUUUUGCUAAGAAACGUGUUUUUUUUUAAUUGUAAAAAUCCAAGAACCACUUUGGUUUUUGUUAGCUUCGCAUAUGAAGGUCAAUUUUUUCAAAUUGAACUUUUUGACAUUUUUCGACAUUUCCAUAUGUGCGUUUGUACAUUUGUUCUAGCUUGUUUCAAGGUCACAGUUUUUAUAUUUAUAUCAAAAAACCAGAAGAAAUUCGAAUAUUUUACGAACCAGAAAUAAUAAUAACUUUAGAAUAAUUUAAUGCAUCAAAGAAUAACGUUUUUGAUAUCUGGUAAAUUUUUGUAUAAACAACUAUUUUCAACUAUUUUCUUAAAUUGUACCUUUUUUAUUUAUUAUUUUAUAUGAUAUUUCUGAACAUAUUUCUAUAACGGUUAUAAUACUUCUUUGUUAACAAUAUUUUUAGUUUUUUGGUGAGGCGCAUAGCUUAUAGAUUUUUGCCGAGCUGGCACGGGAGCAUCCAACACACAAUUGACCCUGGGUAAAAUAGGGAUUUUUGAUACCAAGGCCUGUAACUUUCAGUGUAUGCCCCUGUGCCUUAUUAAUAGACAAAGCUUUAUAGGAAUUUGUACUCGUUUAAAAUCUUAAGGGUAUUUGUAAGUAACCAUCGGUAUCCUGGGAAUGAAAACGACUUUACCGGAAAUAAUUUAGCUUCAAUCACGUUCCUUUGCAUGGUUACUUUUAGUAAUCUAGUAUCAUUGCAUAAUUUUGGUGCAUUUAAUUUCCUCAGAAGUAUUAUUAGAUCCCCAAUUUUCUAAUCCAGUUUACUCGGAGGAAGUCCUGAUGUAUUCAAAGCAUUCAAAAAUUCAAUUGGAAUAUCUAUAGCAAUAUCUUGAUAAGUCAGAUUAUCAACAGAUAGAUAAGGUAUUUCAUGGGCCUGAAACAUUGAAAGAAUGUUAUUAUUUAUGCUUGAAACAGAAUCGUUUUAAGGUGCUUAAAUCGAUAAUUCGCGUGUGUAACCAAUCAUCCGUUUUCUCUGAAAUUUGGGCGACUUGCGGUAAAAGUUAGCUAUUAAUUCGCCUUGUCCAGUGACGCUAGUCAGAAAUGUUCGUUCUAUUAGUACUUUACCAUCAUUAUUUAAAAUAUUUUCAUUUCCUAUAUCGAAAAGAGUUCUUGAAAAUUGUGCUGCAUUAUUAUUACCAUCCAAAUGUAAGCGCAUAUUUGUGGUCAAUCUUAAAAGUUUUACAGAAACUCUCUGAAACGACGAUUUUAGGCAAGCAUUUAUUUCAUCACUUUUUGUUCCUCUUGGCACAACUUUAAAUGUUUGCCGAAAAUCACCAGCGAACAGUAUCACAACACCUCGCAUCGAAAGUUCAUCAGCUCUAAAAUUUACCAUAGUCGAUUCGUAACACACAAUAAACGUCGUUUCUUUAAGCACUUCAGCUAGUGAGCUUUGUUUCGAAAUACUACGAUAUGGACGCUCUUGGCAUUGCAAAUGUAAAGGCAAUUUAAAAGUUGCGUGAGCGGUUCUUCCAUUCUGAAGUAAUUUUGCAGUAAAUGAAAUAAUGCAAUUUUUCCGUCGCACAGUCAACUCUAAUUAUGACUUGAAAAUUUUCUACAUUUGGUGGCAUUGUUUCAAAAUCACGCUUGAAGCUGCUGAUGUAAGGAUUGUGACAAUGUAGCAAAUAUUGCAAGUCGUAGAAUAAUUGUCUGUAAGUAUUUGGGGCUAUCGAUAUUCGCCGUUAUACUUCGCUCACCGAAUCACCCAUGAAAUAUGUUUGCAACAAUUUCGGUUCGUCAGGGUUGUUUGGUAAAAGAGAUCCAGCUGAAUGAUAGACUUUACCCUAAACUUUAAUUGUAGGCAUAAAAUCUCCAUGUCUGAUUUAAUUGGCACCGAAUGUCGUCAUUUGGAAAGCGGAAAUGUGAACAAGAAUCAUAUCAAGAAAAUGUUUAGAAUCUCGAUGAGAAUGAUUCAAAAGUCUUGUUAAUAGUUCCGGUGGAUCAGCAAUUUCCUCCAAUAUAACUUUUUCUCCUGAACAGCAGAGACCUGGUGGUUCUUUAAGCUAUUUGAAUGCAUGACAGAAAUUGCACAUGGUAUUAAUAUUUCCAAUUAUUGAUGCCUAAAACCUACUCCGCGAUAACCUCUUAAAUUAAAAAAACUGUAUGACAAUUGGAUAAGAAGUUUCGAAACCAAACCGUAACAAAAAAAAAUUGGAAUCGCUCAAUUAGUUUUUGAGAAAACUUUAAAACAAAGUUUUGGUUCUAUGGGUGAAUCCUCUGGACUAAGACAAAAACAUAUUUUUUUAUUGCAAAAAUUUAAUUUAAGGAAACAUUUUUAGAGAAUAUUAAAAAAACUAUUGGUUCGUUUUUGUGAAAAUUCAAAUUUUCGAAUUUAAACAAAAAAAUUUUAAUUAUGACUGCUGUUUCUUUUUGUCUUAAAAAAAUGAAGAAAACGACUAACUUAAGUUUUCUUAAAACAUUAACUUCUGUUCUUGAGCUCAAUUAACCCAGUAGCAGUAGAACGAGACGCACGGAAUCGAGUGACCUACUUUUUUCGACUUCAAGUAUAAAUAGUGUUUUCAAAAUUCAAUCAAAUUUAAUAAAGCAGUCACAAGUUACUCACUCUUUGUAAGGAUCGAUUUUCGAUUCUCGAUGUCUCGGGAAUAAAUAAAGGUAUUGAGUUCAUUCUAUGCUAAAUUUUGUUGUUAAUAUUCAUAGAAAAAUCGAAUCUGUAUUUUUUUAUACCAAAAAUAAAAACUUUCAAAAAAUUCCACAAAUAUUGGUUAACAUUGCUUUUCGAAUACAAAUGUCGAGAACAAACCAAAUAUUGAAAUCAAACUUAUUGUAUUAUAAAUACGCAAAAAUAUUGUUGAUAACUUUUAGUUAAUAUUUUUUAAUUAAGUGACAACUUUCUUAAAGACGAAAACCAACAAGAAACUUUUAAUAAACGGUUUUCGACUUAAGUGUCAUGAGAACAAAGACACUACAAAUUUUUGAAAUUUCAGCGAGUUGUAAACGAAGAAAUACGAAAAGUGAGAAAGCAAGCAACACCAAAAUAUUGCUGUUUUUUGUCAAGAUGUUUGAGCUAUUAAAUCCAUUAAUCAAAAAUUGUGAACAUCAACUCAAUAUCUUAUUUCGUUCUAAAUAUGUUGGAGUCAUACCACAUUUUUUACUAAUGUCAAAAACGCUUUUUUGUAUGAAAUUUUUUUGUCAGCAUAAAGCAAGAUUAUAGAAAGUAUUGCAUUCGUAAAAAUUUCGGACUCGAGAUUAAAAUCAUAUAUGACAAGGUCAGUAUAUUCUUUUCGUCGUGCUGUCGUCUGUCCUCGCCCUUACAGCCUAAACCAUUUCGUCGACUGGGUUUGAAUUUUUUAAAUCAAUAUCUCAAAAAAAACUCAACAUUUGUAUAUAAUUUUAUUAUUUAAAUAUUUAAAGUGAGAACUAAAUAAGUGCAAACAUAUUCAUACAAUAAUUCUAAAAAAUUGCUUGAACGAUUGUUGAAAAAUAAUUAACUAUUGUUUACUUGGAAAUAUUGAGGUAUUCAAGUUUUUGAACAUAAAAUAAAAAAAAAUUAAACAGACCUUUUGGUUAUAGGAACAAAGGUUAUGUGAUCCAAUAGUUCAUUUUAUUUUUGAAGGUAAUACGGUUCCUUGUUCAGAAUAUA